UGGAAAAAACAGUGCAAUUGUCUAUAUAUUCAGGAUGAUUUGUAGCUUUAAAUUUACAUGGCAGAGAUAUUAAAAUAGAGGUUUAUAUACGUUGGUAAAAAGUAAACAUAAACAUAACCUGUCGUUAACGUCAACAACAUGAGUAAGUACAGAAGAAAAGAAUCCUCGAGCGAGGAUAGUGACAGUGAAGAAGAGAGGCGUAAGAAGGAUAUUAAGGAAAGAGAUGAAUUCGCUAAUCGUCUUAAAGCGAAAGAUGAGAGUAGAAUACGGAAGGUUGCUAUGCCAGCUGGCUCGGGAGCAGCUGAAGCAGCAAAACGACUCAAAAUUAUGGAAACGGACAUGAGGGAGAAGUUGGUACCAAAGCUGAGAGUUGAAUCUCGUAGAAAAUAUUUGGAAAAACGUAAAGAAGACAAAGUGGCAGAAUUGGAAGCCGAUAUUAUCGAUGAUGAAUAUCUGUUUGAAGACCAAAUAUUGACAGAUCGGGAAAAGAAAGAAAGGGAACACAAGAAGCAGUUAUUACAGUUAGCAAAAGAACAUGAAAAAGCUAGGGAACUCGAAAGAGUACAAAGGUAUCAUAUGCCCUUGGAAAAAGGGAAGGUUGAACCGGAACAAGAUGUACAUGACAACGAGCCACUGCAAUCUGAACAAAGUAAAUGGGAGUCCGAUCAAAUGUCGUCCGCCGUCUUCCGCUUUGGCGCCAAAGACAGAAAAGUUGAACAAGAUUACGAUCUCCUUUUGGAGGACGAGGUAGAAUUUGUUCAAGCGCUGCGUAUGCCUGGCAGUGAUAAAGACCGGAAACGUGAAAUAAGUCCACCACCGCAAGUGAAAGCACUGCAAACCAUACAGGAAACGAAAAAGAGUUUACCUAUCUACCCCUUCAGAAACGACUUGAUUCAAGCGAUCAAAGAUCACCAGGUGUUGAUAAUAGAGGGAGAAACGGGCUCCGGAAAAACGACGCAGAUCCCACAAUAUUUAUACGAGACCGGGUUCGCGGAAGAUAAUAAAAUUAUCGGCUGUACUCAGCCGAGGAGAGUGGCUGCCAUGUCCGUGGCAGCGAGAGUCGCUCACGAAAUGGCUGUGAAAUUGGGAAACGAAGUCGGUUACGCGAUCCGUUUCGAGGAUUGCACUUCCCAUCGAACUCGAAUUAAAUACAUGACUGACGGUACGCUGCAUCGAGAAUUUCUAAGCGAACCGGACUUGGCUUCCUACAGUGUCAUGAUCAUCGACGAAGCUCACGAACGUACUUUGCACACUGAUAUAUUAUUCGGGUUGGUGAAGGAUAUCACAAGAUUUCGACAGGAUUUGAAGUUGUUAAUUUCGUCGGCCACUUUGGACGCAACGAAAUUUAGCGAGUUCUUCGACGACGCUCCCAUUUUCCGAAUACCCGGUCGACGGUUUCCCGUCGAUAUUUAUUACACCAAAGCCCCCGAGGCAGAUUACAUAGAUGCUUCCGUCGUUUCCAUUCUUCAGAUACACGCGACUCAACCCCCUGGCGAUAUACUCGUAUUUUUAACAGGUCAGGACGAGAUCGAGACAUGUCAGGAAAUGUUGCAAGAAAGAGUGAGGCGAUUAGGGUCGAAAUUAGGGGAGCUCUUGAUUUUACCCGUUUACGCGAAUCUUCCAAGCGAUAUGCAGGCGAAAAUAUUUCAACCGACACCGUUCGGCGCCAGAAAGGUAGUUCUCGCCACCAAUAUAGCUGAAACAUCCUUAACUAUAGACAACAUAGUGUACGUGAUAGAUCCUGGAUUCGCAAAACAGAACAAUUUCAACUCCCGGACAGGCAUGGAAAGUUUGAUGGUGGUGCCAAUCAGUAAAGCCUCCGCCAAUCAAAGAGCUGGAAGAGCCGGUAGAGUAGCCCCGGGCAAGUGCUUUCGACUGUACACGGCUUGGGCCUAUCAACACGAGCUAGAAGACAAUACAGUACCUGAAAUUCAGAGGAUUAAUCUGGGCAAUGCUGUACUCACUUUGAAGGCGUUAGGUAUAAACGACUUGGUCCAUUUCGAUUUCCUCGAUCCACCACCCCACGAGACGUUGGUCCUAGCGUUGGAACAGCUGUACGCUUUGGGAGCUUUGAAUCAUCGCGGUGAACUAACGAAACUCGGCAGAAGAAUGGCCGAGUUCCCGUUGGAUCCAAUGAUGGCCAAGAUGUUGUUGGCCAGCGAGCAGUAUCGUUGCUCGGAGGAGGUGGCCACCAUCGCCGCCAUGUUGUCGGUGAACGGGGCGAUCUUUUAUAGACCAAAGGAUAAGAUCAUACACGCGGACACGGCGCGUAAAAAUUUCCACGUACCCGGCGGAGAUCAUCUCACUUUGCUGAACGUGUAUAAUCAGUGGCAGCAAAGCGACUUCAGUACCCAUUGGUGUUACGAGAAUUUCAUUCAGCAUCGGUCGAUGAAGCGGGCGAGGGACGUCAGGGAGCAGUUAAUCGGAUUGAUGCAGCGGGUCGAGAUGGAGCUCGUUUCGGGGAUCACGGAAACCGUGAACAUCAGGAAGGCUAUUACAGCCGGUUACUUCUACCACGUGGCUCGAUUGUCGAAAGGGGGCCACUACAAGACUGCUAAGCACAAUCAAACGGUGUCGAUUCAUCCGAAUAGUUCACUGUUUCAAGAACUACCGCGUUGGCUACUCUAUCACGAACUAGUAUUCACUACGAAGGAGUUCAUGCGGCAGGUAACAGAGAUCGAAAGCAAAUGGCUAUUAGAAGUAGCUCCGCAUUAUUACAAACCAAAAGAACUGGAGGACUCCACGAAUAAGAAGAUGCCGAAAGUUGCGGGAAGAUCGCGCCCGGACGGAACAAAUUAAUUGCGACGAUUAACGCAACCGAUUAGGUGCUUGUACAAUGCAUAGAGUUCGCAUGAAAGUGUACUGUGCAAAGGCUGCGAUUCCAUUGUGACUUUCACGAUAUCAAAUUUUUGAACAAGAACGUUUCACGCGCGAUUGUGGCGUAAAAUAUUAAGCAUUUCUAUUCGUUAGCUGCAGUUAAUGCAGACAUUUGUGCCUCACGGAACACUUAGCAACAACUGUAACGUAAAAUGUACAAACACCACUAACCGACAAAUAUAUUCUUAAAUAUUUGUAUUUCGUUCCAAAUGCAUUUUAUUUUAAUAGAAAAAG